AUGUUCCUAGCCUUCAUUGUCAAUCUCAAUCAGAUUGAAACCUGCGACCUCAUACGAUCUAGUCUCAAGCGCCGAACCAUGUUCGGGCUCACGUUUUCGCGCUGGUACCUGUUCGUCGCAGCCUUCGUAGUGCAGUUCUGCAUCGGCUGCAUCUACUCCUGGUCGGUUCUCAACCAUCCGAUCGACUUAGCUGUCUACGAUGAUGCUCGAAAAGGUCGCGCUGUCAACACUUUCUAUAUUGCCAUUGGUGUUUUCGGUGCCGCGACGGCCACGCUGAGCCCCACGAUCGAACGCAAAGGACCGCGAUGGAGAGUCCUCGUAGGCACGACGUUGUUCAUGAUUGGCCACAUCGUAACGGCCAUCGGCUGCUACUACGCGUCCAUCACGUCGAUCUACAUCGGUUACGGCGUCAUCACCGCGAUUGGUAUGGGGAUGUGCUACAUCUCACCCGUCGCGACAUUGCAGAAGUGGUUCCCUGACUACCGUGGUACUGCCGCUGGUUUUGCUGUUGCUGGUUACGGUGCUGGCUCCGUUGUGUGGAGCAAGGUCUAUCUGCCGACCAUCGAUGCUGUUGGUCUACCGUGGAUGUUUGUCUUGCUCGGCUCGAUAAUGAGCGCUGCCAUGUUUGCAUCAGCUUUUGUGCUCCGCGUACCGCCGCCCGAUUUCACUGUUGGCGGACUUGACAUGCACGGGGAUCAUGUCGACGAGCACAGUUUCCUGGAUGGCAAGCUUGGUGACGCCUACGUGCCCAUAGAUACACCCAAAGCUGGUGGUGGUGCACACCACGAUAUGGAACCAUUUGAGGCGCCGGUCAAGCAGCUGCCACUCAAGCAGGCGCUCUUGACCCCUGACUUUAUUUUUAUGUAUCUCAUGUUCUUUGCCAACCAGCUUUUCGGCGUGAUCGUCUUGUCCCGACUCUCGAGCAUGUGCAUUGACAUCUUUGGCAAAAGCGCCAACAGUGCUUCCAACAUUGUGUCCAUCAAUAGCGCGUUCAAUUGCUGUGGACGUCUUGUUUUCCCUGGCCUGUCGGAUUGUCUCGUUCGCUUCUUCAAGAUGGAAAAGACUUUUGCCCGCAAGGUUCUGUACUACUUCACGCUUGGUGCGCAGAUUGUCGUGCUGGGUUCGCUUCCUGCUGUCAUUCGUCACGACAACUACACGAUCUUUGUGAUUGAAGUCUUCUUGCUGACAUGUAGCUACGGGGGCGGCUUUGGCACCAUCCCGGCUUUUGUCACGGAGAUGUUCGGUGCCAACAACAUUGGCCCAAUGCACGGUGUGAUUUUAACCGCCAUGGCUGUUGGCGGCGUCGCUGGUGGACUCACCUUCAACUACACGUACAACAACAAGAUCGGUGAUGGCAUGAGCGUGGGCGAGGCGUACAUCGACAACAUCGAGGUUAUCUUUGUUAUUAUCUGUAUUGGAUUUGCAAUACUGCUCUUGGUACGCACGAAUGCGACGGACCGCCAUGAGCCAGGCUAUCACUACUCGCUGUGCGGCAAGCGUGUGAUUAACAUCUUGCCAAAGAAGAAGAAUGCGAUGGAGCAGAAAGAGGCUGAGACAGAGGCUGCUGCGGAGGGACAAUCGGGAACUGCUGUCUAA